GUGAGCACUUAAAAUGUCAGACUCCAGAAGGAAGAAUGGAAACUGAAAGUAAUGGAUGGGAGGAUACAAAGGUCUAAUCUGUACAGACAGUAGACCAGAAUCGAAACUGCAGCCUGCUGCGGAGUGUGUGCUGUGUGGACUGAUGCAGAGGACGGAGCAGAGAGCAGCUUACUGCAUACACCGAGACAGCGAGACCGAGGACGGAGGCACCUGACCGGCUGAUUCCUCUGUGUGAGAUUCUCACCACUCAUGGAUCGCCAGGGAAGAUCUCUGGAUGACCCUCAAAAUAAUCGCCCAUAUCGAAGAAACAGGACAGGAUCAAGACAAAGAAGAGAUCCUAGUAAUGGCCCACAGCAAAUACAGUGUCAGCGGCAAGAAAGAAUGAAUGAAGAUUGGAGGGGAGGGGGAGGACAGCAUGAGCACAGAGCUGGUGGUCGAAUUGCCCAACAAGCUGAGCAGAGAGGUGGUGGGCAACAUGCACAACGAGGUGGUGGGCAACAUGCACAACGAGGUGGUGUACAACAUGCACAACGAGGUGGAUGGCAACAUGCACAAGGAGGUGGAGGACAACAUGCACAACGAGGUAGAGGGCAACAUGCACAACGAGGUGGUGGACGACAGGAGUAUGGGGCUGGACGAUACAAUGAACAACCAGCUGGUGGACAACAUGUACAUGGAGCUGGUGGACAAAAUCAACAAUGGGUUGGUGGACAUCAUGAGCAUAGACCAAGAGCAGAAAAUGAACAAAGAGCUGGUGGCCAGCCGGUUAAUAACUGGAGAGGAGGAAACCACAAUCAGAGAGGCAGGCAUAAUGGAGAGAUUGGAAGAGAACAGCAAGUUAGAUAUUUGGGCUACAAAGCCCUUGAAGGACUGCUAGAAAAGGAUCCAUCUGAAGUAGUGAUUACACUAGGUGCACACUCUGGUCUCAGUGAAUUACUAUCAACCUCAGAAAUGAAGCCAGAGUUUGUGGAGUUGCUUUGCAAAGUGCUUUGCAGAGCCUGUGCCUCUAAGCUAGACAGGCAGAGUAUUCAGUAUCUUCUUGGUCGGGUCAAGGCAUCUAUGUACCUCCGCACAUGCCUCCCACGCUACAUAGUGGGAGUGAUGACAGAGGCUUUGCCUGAGAGAAGAUACCGUUAUCCGGAUCAUAUUUCUAACAUACUUUGUCUUCUCCAGGAACUUAUUAGCAUCUUCCCUGCCAGUAGCCUCCCGGAGACCUCUAUGUUGGUAUCUCUAAUUCCUGACUCAGUCAAUGCUUUGCGUGCAUCUGGAGUAGAUGUGGGAGAGCAUAUAGAGCAGAGUCUAGAAAGGUUAUCAAAUUUCAUAAAGCACUUACAGGACAAGAGGAGAGAUGGGACACUACGAGUAGACACACACAUGGUCCUUGGACCAGAGGUCGCUGGUGAAGACUUCAGAACCAUGAGUGUGUACCCUAGUUAUGAUGAAAUUCAAUUGAAUAAAAAUCCAUUUCUCAGACCAAAUACUCUCAUGAACAAGUAUGAAAGCACAAGCCUCUACCUGGACACUCACUUCAGACUCUUGAGGGAAGAUUUUGUGAGACCAUUAAGAAAUGGGAUCCAAGAGAUCCUGCAGCAACAUGACGAUCGAGGGUUUCGCAAAAUGAAAUUUGAUGACAUUCGAAUUUACUUUGACACACGUGUUCUGACUCCAAUGUGCACACCUUCAGGCAUCAUUUACAAGGUGCAGUUUGACAUUACACCAUUAAAGAUGAUCAGAUGGCAGAACUCCAAGCGUCUGUUGUAUGGGUCUUUGGUCUGUCUGUCCAAGGAUAAUUUUGAAUCCUUCCUCUUUGCCACAGUUUCAAAUCGUGAUGAAAAAGAGCUGGUGCAUGGUGUUGUGCAACUGCAAUUUAGUGAGCAGAGCAGAGAACGCCUGGCAAGAACACGUCCAACAGAUUCCUUCAUCAUGGUAGAGACCACUGCCUAUUUUGAGGCAUAUCGGCAUGUCCUGGAGGGGUUGCAGGAGAUGAAUGAGCAGGAUGUGCCUUUCCAGAAAUAUAUUGUAUUAUGUGAGAAGAAUGUGGAAGCACCACGUUACCUUAAUGCAGGUGUCCAGUAUAACCUUAGCUGUUUAAUAAGUGAGCUAAAGGUGGUUCCAGCUAUGGAGAGAAAGAUCAAUAUCCUGAAUUUCUUGGAGUGGCCUUCAAAAGAAAUCCUUGGCUUUGAUGAAUCUCAGAUAGAGGCUGUGCAGCUGGCACUCACAAAGGAACUUGCCAUCAUCCAGGGACCACCUGGCACAGGAAAGACAUAUGUGGGACUGAAGAUUGCACAAGCUCUGCUCACUAAUACUAAUGUGUGGCAACAAAAUGGGCACUCAAAUCCAGUGCUAGUGGUCUGCUACACCAAUCAUGCAUUAGAUCAGUUUCUAGAAGGAAUCCACCAGUUCCUGAGAAAAGGAAUUGUCCGCGUAGGGGGACGCAGCAGCAGUGAGGUUCUGAAGGAGUUUAAUCUCAGAGAGUUGAGAGGACGUCCAGAAAUCCGCAGGGCUUUUCCCAACCAUAUACACAGAGCAUGUUCAGAAGUAAUAAAUAAUAUGAAAGUAUCAGAACAGAAGCUUAAUGAGGGGGCCCAGGUUUUGCAGUGCUCCACCUCUGGGGUCAUUCAUGAAAAGUUCCUUGAGAGAUAUAUAAAGGAAGAGCACUGGGAUAACUUACAUGAAGUCAUGAAUGAUGAUGAAUUCUUUAUCAUGCCUGGACGAGGAAAGGCAUCAGUAAUCGUUGAAUGGCUUGGACUAGGUGUCUCUCCGUUUAUGCAGACAGAUCCAAAUGGAGCAGCAGCCCAGCCUGAGCCUGAUGAUUUGGAAGAAGAGGAACCAGAGAAUGAUGGACUGAUUGAGAUACAAGAGGAGGCUGACAUAAUUCAGGAUGAACGUGUACUUGAUGAUGAAGCUGAAGAUGUGAGACCAAGAAAACGGGACAACAAGACAGAGAUCAACGCUGUGGCACGGCUUCUGCAUGCAUUGUCAUUAGAAAACAAUGAACAACAAGGCACACAGGAAGAAGAGGAAGGUUGGCAGAUGUCAUCAAAGCAGAAGAAGAAGAGGAAACAAAGGAUGAAGAAUGAACUAAGAAAAUUAGAUGCAAUGACAGAAGCCGAGGUUGAUCAAGUGAAAGAUCUGUGGAGUCUGGACCUAAAUAUGCGCUGGAGACUGUACAGACAUUGGAUACAACUCUACCAGCUGGAUAUUCGUCAGAAAAUACUGACUCAUGAGAAGACUUAUCAGGAGUUAGCAGAUCGCUUAGUGGAGUUGAGACAACGGCAGGACCUGCAUAUUCUUCAGCAAGCUCAGGUCAUCGGCAUGACAACCACAGGUGCUGCCAAGUAUCGUCGUAUUCUGCAAGAAGUAGAGCCACGUAUUGUCAUAGUGGAAGAGGCAGCAGAAGUCCUUGAGGCUCAUACAAUAACCACACUUAGUUCAGCUUGUCAGCACCUUAUUCUCAUUGGGGACCAUCAGCAGCUGAGGCCUAGUGCUAAUGUAUAUGACUUGGCCAAGAACUUUAACCUUGAAGUAUCACUGUUUGAACGUCUCAUCCAUUCAAAUCUACCAUUCGUGCGUCUAAACUACCAGCAUCGCAUGAGGCCAGAAAUAGCGAGAUUAUUGACUCCACAUAUCUAUAAAGAGCUUGAGAAUCAUUCAUCUGUACUCAACUAUGAUAAAAUCAAGGGAGUCGCCUCAAACCUCUUCUUUGUGGAACAUGAAUACCCAGAACAAGAGAUUAAGGAUGGGAAGAGUCAUCAGAACAUACAUGAAGCAGAGUUUGUAGUGGCGCUCUGCAAAUACUUUCUGAACCAAGAGUAUAAGCCAUCUCAGAUCACUAUCCUGACUACCUACACAGGGCAGCUUUUCUGUCUCCGCAAGCUCAUGCCAGCCCAGACAUUCUCUGGGGUAAAGGUGCAUGUUGUGGAUAAGUACCAGGGGGAGGAAAAUGACAUCAUCAUUCUUUCGUUGGUCCGCAGCAACAAACACAGAAAAGUUGGUUUCCUUAAGAUUCCCAAUCGAAUCUGUGUGGCAUUGUCGAGAGCCAAGAAAGGACUGUAUUGUAUUGGCAACAUGAACAUGCUCAGCACUGUCCAGCUCUGGAGCCUAAUUCUUUGUACGCUACGACAGGGGGCACAAGUUGGAGAACAGCUUAUGCUUUGCUGUCAGAAUCAUCCUGAGAAACGCACCCUUGUAAGCAGAGCCAAUGAUUUUAAGAAUGUACCAGAAGGGGGCUGCAACCAACUCUGUGAUUUCAGACUGAACUGCGGACAUGUGUGUACUCGUAUGUGUCAUCCAUAUGAUCAAGAGCACAAAGAAUACCUUUGUUAUAAGGACUGCCAGAAAGUGUUAUGUAAUAAAGGCCACCGGUGCAUACUGAAAUGUUUUGAACCCUGCGGGCAGUGCAUGGAAAGCGUGGAGAAGCUCAUGCCAAUCUGUGGUCACCAACAGACGGUGCCAUGUAGCAUCCCUGUAGAUAUAUUCUGUUGCUCUAUGCCAUGUGACAAGCUCUUGCAGUGUGGUCAUCCAUGUGAAAAGAGUUGUGGCGAGGACUGUGAAACACGUUGUAAGAAAGAUAUAACUGUGGAGCUGAAGUGUGGACAUAGUCAGCGUAUUAAGUGCUGGCAGAAACCUGAUAUAGAGAUGGGUAUGCCCGUAAAAUGCAAAGUUCCUUGCCGAGCUAAAUUAAGUUGUGGUCAUACAUGCCCUGGUACAUGUGACACUUGCUUUCAAGGACGUUUCCAUGAAAGCUGCAGACACCCAUGUAAGGCUCUUUUAAUAUGUUCACAUAAAUGCAAAGAGCCAUGUACAACUGAAUGUCCACCUUGCAGUAGACAAUGCCAGAACCACUGUGUCCACAGCCGUUGUAAAAAGCUGUGUGGAGAGAGCUGUGUGCCAUGCAUAGAGCCCUGUAACUGGAGAUGUGAGCACUACAGCUGCAGUAAGUUAUGCUCUGAGCCAUGUGAUCGGCCACCAUGCAAUGUCCAUUGUACAAAGAAACUCAAAUGCGGACACCCUUGCAUUGGUCUGUGCGGCGAGCCCUGUCCCAAAAAAUGCCUGGUUUGCAACAAAGAUGAGGUCACUGAAAUAUUCUUUGGUUUUGAAGAAGAGGAAAAUGCUCGAUUUGUGCAGUUGGAGGAUUGCGGACACAUUUUUGAGACUGCGGGCAUGGAUACAUACAUGGAAAAUAAAGAUUCCCAAGAGGAAACUGCAAUCAAACUCAAAGUGUGCCCAAAAUGCCAGGUUUAUAUAAGGAAAAACUUGAGAUACGGCACUGCCAUCAACAAAACUUUGGAUGAGAUCGAGAAGGUGAAAGAAAGGAUAAUAGGUCCAGUGGAUCAAAGAAUUGUAACCAGGAGUCGGCUCAAAAACACUCUAAAGCAGAUGGAUGAUAUUAAAAGAACAUUUUUUGAUGAAUAUUUGAAGUUACAGGAGUCGCUGGAGAAUCCAGAGACUUCACUCAGGAAAUUGAGUACCCUAGAAAAUAUGAUGUUAUUCUAUGAAAGGUUGGCAAAACUAUUUAGCAACAUAAAAAAAGUUGAUGAUAACGAGAAGACGGCUCUGAAGAAUCGCUUGCUGGAAAUUAAAAAAUGGUUGGAGAGAUCAUCAUUUUUAACAGAACAAGAGCUAUCUGAUCUUCAAAGUGAAGUCCAGCGUUUUGUCUUCCUUCUAGAUCUGCUUGUACGAUGCAAAGAGGCGAGUGGGAGGAUUACUCCAGAGAUUCAUAAAGAAAUAGGGAUCAUAAGAGAUGUUUUAGAAGGAAAUAAAAAGUUCAGUGAAGACAGUGAAAUAUUUGUGAAGAGGAAAUUAAAAGAGCUGAAGAGUAGCCUUCCACAUUCAGGACUGGGGAUAACAGAGAAGGAACGAGUGCUGAUUGUACAAGCUAUGGGCCUCCAAAAGGGUCACUGGUUUAAGUGUCCCAACAAUCACAUAUAUUGUAUCACAGAAUGUGGAGGAGCAAUGGAACGCUCCAAAUGUCCUGAAUGUCGGGCAGUUAUCGGGGGAGAGAACCACAACCUUGAAACAAGCAACAGGCUGGCUCCAGAAAUGGAUGGAGCACAACAUGCAGCUUGGUCUGAAGUUGCAAACAACUUGCUAAAUUUCCAAGAUUUAAGGAAUGCGGCCUUGUGAGUUCCCUACACUCAGAAAGAUGCCUGUGAGACACACUCACAAAGCAUAACUAAAAAUGUCAAAGUAAUCUUGAAAGUAGUCAGUGAAACUCGGGCAUUUUCUACUUUGGAAAAUAUUAAUAUGAAUCUAUAAUUAAGUGGGGGAAAAACAAAAGUUGUGUAGAAAUAGAUGCCUCAUUAUUCAUAAUAAUGAAAUUUAGAAUUCAGUGUAUAUAAUGCCUCCUGUCUAAAAACACAAAAGAUGUAAAAACAUACAAAAGAUUUGCAGUGAUUAUAGGGUAUUAGUCGUUAGUUCAAUAACUCAUGUAGAAAAGUAUCUUAUGGCUAGCUUCUCCAUUAGGCCCAGAUUACAUGAACGGUAUUUAGCAGGCCUGUGUCUCAUUCAGACAUAUGUGAACAUAGGGAUAACUCAGCACGCUAGAGGUAUCGGUCAUGUCUAUGGUAACAGAAAUGCUACCUAUGAACUGCUAAAUGGAGGUAAUUACAGUGAAAUGACAUCACUGGACAAGCUAUGCUUUAUCAUUUCAGCUUUUUGUCCAAUUUGACACAGCUUUUAUCUUUAUCUUACAAAUGGAAGUGUGGCUAUGGCUUUUUGUGAUAUAUAUAGUAUUAAAAAGGUGGCAGCUUAACCGACACUGAUUGAGAACUAUUGCUUCACAUUAAAAGUAUAUAUAACAUAUUCUCUAUAUUACUAUGUCCAAAAACAAUUCAUCAAUAUCUCUGAGGUACAAAAUUAUUCUUGAAGAAUCUUCAGCUUGCAUUGGUGAAAAUAUCCAGUGUCUUUUUCUUAAAUAUAUAAUGUAGUAUUUUUUAUAAGAGUGCCAAUAACAUGAAAUUAUUGCAUUUACUGAAUAAACAUAUAUUGUGCUUCCUCUGAAA